AGACCACUCAGUAAUUUCCGACGUAGACUGCAAACCAGCUAGAAAAUUCAGAGCCCACAAUGAAGAAGACCAUCGUGCUCUACCCCGGGGUCGCCGUCAGCCACUUCCUCCCCAUGAUGCAGCUCGCCGACGAGCUCGUCGACCACGGUUAUGCCGUCGCCGUCGCGCUCAUCGACCCCGCCUUCCAGCAGCACACCGCCUUCCCUGCCACCGUCGACCGCGUCGUCUCAUCCAAGCCCACCGUACGCUUCCACAGGCUCCCCCGCGUCGAGCUCCCUCCCGCCACCGCCACCGACGACGGCGACUUCCUCCUCCUCGGGUACCUGGACCUCGUGAGGCGACACAACGAGUGCCUCCAUGAUUUCCUCUGCUCCAUGCUUCCCGGAGGCGUACACGCCUUCGUCGUGGAUUCUCUCUCCGUCGAAGCGCUCGACGUCGGCGAGAGGCUCAACGUCCCCGGCUUCGUCUUCCACCCGGCGAACUUGGGCGCCUUUGCCAUCUUCCUCCAGCUUCCUUCGAUCCGUGCAGAGGGUGAGCCGAGCUUCAGGGAGCUAGGAGACAACCCUCUCGAGCUCCCUGGCCUCCCUCCCAUGCCGGCAUCUCACCUCUUCUCCCAAUUUCUCGAACACCCAGAGAGUCAAGUGUACAAGGCCAUGAUGAACGUGAGCCGCAGGAUGAACGCGCAAUGUUCCAAAGGUUUCCUGGUGAACACGUUCGAGUCGCUGGAGCCGCGGGUGGUGAACGCGCUCAGGGACUCGCGGUGUCACCACGGCGGCCCGGCAUUGCCGCCGUUCUACUGCAUCAGGCCGUUGGUCGAGAAGGCCGACGAGAGGAGAGAUAGAGCAGAGAGGCAUGAGUGCCUUGCGUGGCUUGACAGGCAACCGGAACGCAGCGUCGUGUUCCUCUGCUUUGGCAGCACAGGCGCGGGCAGCCACUCCGUGGAGCAGCUCAGGGAGAUCGCCGUCGGCCUGGAGAAGUCCGGCCAAAGGUUCCUGUGGGUGGUGCGCGCGCCUCGCGUCGCCAUCGACGACGACGACGACUCGUUCAAUCCCCGUGCCGAGCCGGACGUCGACGCACUCCUCCCGGCGGGGUUCUUGGAGCGAACCACCGGCCGCGGCGUCGUCGUCAAGCUGUGGGCGCCACAGGUGGACGUGCUCUACCACCGGGCGACCGGCGCGUUUGUGACGCACUGUGGGUGGAACUCGGUGCUGGAGGGGAUCACCGCGGGCGUGCCGAUGCUGUGCUGGCCGCUGCACUCGGAGCAGAAGAUGAACAUGGUUCUUAUGGUGGAGGAGAUGGACAUCGCUGUGGAGAUGGCCGGGUGGAAGCAGGGCCUUGUCACGGCCGAGGAAUUGGAGGCCAAGGUGAGGCUGGUGAUGGAGUCCGAGGCAGGCAGCCAGCUCAGGGCGCGGGUCACGGCGCACAAGGAAGGCGCGGCCACGGCCUGGGCCGACGGCGGCUCGUCGCGCUCGGCGUUUGCCCGGUUCAUGUCGGACAUGGACCGUACAGCCAACAUCCGCUAGGACAACGUGAAUUCGUGACCAUCCAAGACACAGGAUAUUACGCCUUUCCAGAGUAUCGUGCAUGACGCUCGCCCAAAUCUGUCCUUUCUUUUUUUUGUUUCUGAUUAAGCCUAAUGACGUUUUCACUCCUUUUU